ACUUGAUGAAGAGCUUAGACCAAGAGAAGGAAGCCACUGGGUAACUACUUGACGACUAUGAGUGUUUCAAGUAUAAUUAUAUAUACCUGAAUAGAGGAUCAUUUCUUUCUCUAAUUAACUCACUACGUAAAUCCCAAUUAACUGUAUGUGCUGAACAUAUGGCACUUUCCCUUGCUGCUGCUUCUUCUUCUUCCUCACCUCCCACUACUCGAUAUGAUGUUUUUAUCAGUUUCAGAGGCGAGGACACGCGUAAUGGCUUUACCAGCCAUCUUCAUGCUGCUCUCCUCAGAAACCAGAUCCACACGUUCAUAGAUUAUAGAAUCCCCAAAGGAGGUGUCGUCUGGAACGAACUUGUUGAAGCCAUCCGGGACUCAAAGUUGUUUGUUGUUAUCUUCUCCGAAAACUAUGCUUCGUCUAGCUGGUGCUUGAGAGAGCUGGUUGAGAUCAUGGAGUGCAAGAAAAAGAAUGAACAAGUUAUUGUGCUUCCAGUGUUCUAUAAGAUAGAGCCCACACAUGUUCGCAAGCAGAGUGGAAGUUACCGCAGAGCAUUUGAUGAGCAUGAGAGAUCCUCCAACCGUAAACAUGUGCAACAAUGGAGGACGGCACUUACUCAAGCUUCGGAUCUCUCUGGCUUCACUUGCAAUCACCACAGGUAAAGGGCCCUAACCUUCUUAAGUUUUAAAAAACAAUAAUAUAUUAGUGUAUGCUAUGACGAAGAGAAAAAUUGAUGAAGAGAUAAAAAUUUAUUCUUAUAUAUAAUUAGAUACCUAUCUAAAAAAAUGUGUUAUUUUAUUUUUGUGGAGAGUAGCAGUAGUUGUGUAAGUACUGUAACUGAUGCAGGAAAAAAGAGUAGUUAGAAUCUUGUGUUAGUUACUUAAUCUUUACCCUUCUUGAUUUAGUUUCUUGUGUCUCAAGCCCGUGUGAUGUAUCUAUAUAUCAUCACUUCUGAACAUAACAUACAAUA